CACACCACUGCACUCCAGCCUGGGCAACAAGCGAAACUUCUCAAAAAAAAAAAAAAAAAAAAAAAACUGAGCGCCUACUGUAUGCAUGGCUCUGCUGGUCUAUCCUUCGUUGGUUACUAUGUCUUCUCUGGAAAAAAAACAUAUACAUUGAAUCUGUGUUUUUCCCUAUAAUUAUUAGCCUCUAAGCACUAAAGUUUUUUACUUUCGGGGGAAAGACAAAGAAGUUACCCCAGCUCAAGGGUUUUGCCCCAUGCCUGGCAGGGAGCAAUUAUGACCAGAGGGGCUGGGACAUCUGCUCCUAAUUGGCUUUUCCUGCUGAGGUCCUGGAAUACUAAAGGGUUUCUGAAGGGCCCGGGGUGCCCCCGCCUCAUUCUUCUGGGGUGGGGGAGCGGGUCCCUGUAUGUGAAGACGGAAUUUCCUGCCCAUUUGCUCCUCACACCUUCCGGAGGCCAAACGGGCAGCCCAGCUGCGGCCCGAAGGGGGAGGGGCUCGGCCGCCCGGCAGAUGGCGGCAUUUACAUACAGCUGGGAGCCCCUUCUGAGGCCGAGCUCCUCGCCCUGGCGUCUGGUGCGUCCGCGAUGCGGGGCUUGGGAGGGUGGAUUUGUCUUGGGGAGGAGGAACGCACACACGCCCGCACACAGGGGUCCAUAAAGAGCCCUGGAUCUUCAUCGUAUCCACACACAGCUACACCUGUGGACCUCCCAAACCCAGUCUCUGUCACACAAACCAACGCACACAGGGAUCCACAAAGAACUCCGGAUCUUCAUCGUAUUCACACGUGGCUGCAUCCAUGGACUUCUCAAACCCAGUCUCAUUCACAUACAGGCGCCCUCCGCCAUUCCCUCCUUGCACAGCCUCUACCACACCCGCACACAGCACAGAGUCACAGGUUUAUACGGCUAUACAGGAUCUUCCAUAAACACGCACAGAGAAGUAUCUACACAGCCACACAAUCUCAAAGCGUCACACAAUCACGAAGUCGUGUACACGUCUAGUUUCCCACUCGGGUGUGCGUGCAGAGUCAGAAUUGUUUACGGCCUCAUGUGUCAAUCACACACAACUCCAGGCGUAUGCUGAGCCGCACAGUCCCACGUGGACACACAAUCACAAAGUCAUGUACACCCUCCAGUAGCUCUGGUUCAUACCACACAUCCAGAAUCUUAAAAUCAUGUACAACCUCACACAUAGGCUUAGUCCCCCAACCCCACCCCAGCCACACACAAAGUCCCGGGAUCACCCACUCAUGACCUCGCCCGUGCCUACGACUACAGAUGGAAUCUCGCUGAUGCUCCUGCACGCUCCCCUUCCCCUGUGACUCCCCCCGCCCUUGGUCCCUUGGGGCCCGGUAGCUGCCUGAAGGGGCGGGGCCAUUCCCUCAGAUAUAAGACUCGGAAGCCAGCAGCUGCGACUCCCGAGACCCCCCCUAGAAGGCCAUGGUCUCCCCAAGGAUGUCUCGGCUCCUCUCCCAGACUGUGAUCUUAGCGCUCAUUUUCCUCCCUCAGGCACGGCCCGCUGGCGUCUUCGAGCUGCAGAUCCACUCUUUCGGGCCGAGUCCAGGCCUGGGGGCCCCGCGGUCCCCCUGCAGCGCCCGAGGCCCCUGCCGCCUCUUCUUCAGAGUCUGCCUGAAGCCUGGGCUCUCGGAGCAGGCCGCCGAGUCCCCGUGCGCCCUGGGCGCGGCGCUGAGUGCGCGCGGACCCGUCUACACCGAGCAGCCCGAAGCGCCCGCGCCUGAUCUCCCACUGCCCAACGGCCUCUUGCAGGUGCCCUUUCGGGACGCCUGGCCUGGCACCUUCUCUCUCAUCGUUGAAACCUGGAGAGAGGAGUUAGGAGACCAGAUUGGAGGGCCCGCCUGGAGCCUGCUGGCGCGCGUGACCAGACGGCGGCGCUUGGCAGCCGGAGGCCCGUGGGCCCGGGACAUUCAGCGCGCAGGCGCCUGGGAGCUGCGCUUCUCCUACCGCGCGCGCUGCGAACUGCCUGCAGUCGGGACCGCGUGCACGCGCCUCUGCCGUCCGCGCAGCGCCCCCUCGCGGUGCGGCCCGGGACUGCGCCCCUGCGCACCGCUCGAGGACGAGUGUGAGGCGCCGCCGGUGUGCCGAGCAGGCUGCAGCCUCGAGCAUGGCUUCUGUGAGCAGCCCGGUGAAUGCCAAUGCCUGGAGGGCUGGACUGGACCCCUCUGCACGGUCCCUGUCUCCACCAGCAGCUGCCUCGGCCUCAGGGGCCCGUCCUCUGCUACCACCGGAUGCCUUGUCCCUGGACCUGGGCCCUGUGACGGGAACCCGUGUGCCAAUGGGGGCAGCUGUAGUGAGACACCCGGGUCCUUUGAAUGCACCUGCCCGCGUGGGUUCUACGGGCUCCGCUGUGAGGUGAGCGGGGUGACAUGCGCGGAUGGACCUUGCUUCAAUGGCGGCUUGUGUGUUGGGGGUGCAGACCCUGACUCUGCCUACAUCUGCCACUGCCCACCCGGUUUCCAAGGUUCCAACUGUGAGAAGAGGGUGGACCGGUGCAGCCUGCAGCCAUGCCGCAAUGGCGGACUCUGCCUGGACCUGGGCCACGCCCUGCGCUGCCGCUGCCGUGCUGGCUUCGCGGGUCCGCGCUGCGAGCACGACCUCGACGACUGCGCGGGCCGCGCCUGCGCUAACGGCGGCACGUGUGUGGAGGGCGGCGGCGCGCACCGCUGCUCCUGCGCGCUGGGCUUCGGCGGCCGCGACUGCCGCGAGCGCGCGGACCCGUGCGCCGCGCGCCCCUGUGCUCACGGCGGCCGCUGCUACGCCCACUUCUCCGGCCUCGUCUGCGCCUGCGCGCCCGGCUACAUGGGUGCGCGGUGUGAGUUCCCAGUGCACCCCGACGGCGUAAGCGCUUUGCCCGCGGCCCCGCCCGGCCUGAGGCCCGGGGACCCGCAGCGCUACCUUUUGCCGCCGGCUCUGGGACUGCUGGUGGCCGCGGGCGUGGCUGGCGCUGCGCUCUUGCUGGUCCACUUGCGCCGCCGUGGCCACGCCCAGGAUGCUGGAUCUCGCUUGCUGGCUGGGACCCCGGAGCCGUCAGUCCAUGCACUCCCGGAUGCACUCAACAACCUAAGGACGCAGGAGGGUCCCGGGGAUGUCCAGAGCUCGUCCGUAGAUUGGAAUCGCCCUGAAGAUGUAGACUCUCGAGGGAUUUAUGUCAUAUCUGCUCCUUCCAUCUACGCUCGGGAGGUAGCGACGCUCCUUUCCCACCCCCGCUACACACUGGGCAGAGGCAGAACCUGCUUUUUCCCUACCCUUCCUCGAUUCUGUCUUUGAAAUGAAUUGGGUAGUGUCUCUGGAAGGUUUUAAGCCCAUUUUCAGUUCUAACUUAGUUUCUUCCUAUUUUGCAUCCCUCUUGUCGUUUUGAGCUACCUGCCAUCUUCUCUUUGAAAAAGCUAUGGGCUUGAAGAGGUCACUAUGGGGACUCCGCCAGAGCUUUUCCACUGAUGCUACUCUGCGGGGAGGCAGGGGAGGCAGAGGGGCAGCCUCUCUAAUGCUUCCUACUCAUUUUGUUUCUAGGCCUGACGCGUCUCCUCCAUCCGCACCUGGAGUCAGAGCGUGGAUUUUUGUAUUUGCUUGGUGGUGCCCAGUCUCUGCCCCAGAGGCUUUGGAGUUCAAUCUCGAAGGGGUGUCUUGGAGAACUUUACUGCUGCAAGUUGUAAAUAAUGGUUAUUUAUAUCCUAUUUUUUCUCACCCAUCUCUCCAGAAACACCUAUAAAGGCUAUUAUUGUGAUCA